AUGGAUGAAGUAAUCAAGAUCUCUUCUACUGAGAAGGUCCAGCAGCUGGAAAGAGAACUAGCAGCACAGCUGGCAGAGUUGAAGGCACAAAUAGAAGACAAUGGGGUACUCCAGGGAACACCAAGCAGAGCAUACAGCUCUGUUCCAGUUCCAAAGGAUGUAACUUAUUUCAGAAAAGAAAGGGAGAUAAUACUGAAAAAAGUCUUACAGCAGCGAGUUAGUUACAUCAUGGAGGAAUACAAUGAUGCAGUUCAGAGGGCUGCAAGGCUUUCAGCUGCAAGGGAGAACUUCCUGACAGGAAAGAAAAAUCCAGUGAAUGUGGUGACACAGGAGGAUCUGAUGAUUUACACUAAGUGGUUAGUGUGCCACCUACACUCUCUGAAGGGCAUUCACCGUUUUCUCCAGAUUCUCCAGCAUUUGCCUGCUUCUCAUAGACUGAAUGUGGUUGAUGAGAAAUGUCCUGAUAUGAUCCCAGGCAACUGGGACAAAUUAAGUGCUUUUGACAAGAAUUCAGAAUCCUGCCACAAAGUGCAUCCGGUGUCCUUGCCACAGCACAGCACUGAAACCGAGGAGCUGAGACCCCAGCUCCAGCUUCUGAUGGCUCACUUUGGUAUUGACUACAACCUUGAGGAUCUCAAGAACCCAGCUAAUGAGAUGGAGCUCUUUUCCCUGGUUGUCAAAAAGUUUAGAAGCAUCUUCUGCAAACAGCAGACGAUGAGAACAUUUCCAGUUUAUGACGCAGAGGUUUCUAGAUCAGAUAAAUGGGGCAUGAUAGAUCCAACCAGGGCUUUGAAGAAGAGAGCCAACUGGAUUCCCUUUUUAAAGAUUAAGCCUAAAGUAGAUCCCUGGCAGCAGAAGCUUUUGAUAAAACUAAAACAAUGGAAAAAAGUGGAUAAGAUGAUGGACCUUCAUUCAAAAUUUGUAGAGGUCUCAGACAUGGAGAGGGUGAUGGAGGGUCUCCAGAAUCAUGCAGCAGUGGUGCUCAAACCACAUGCUUUGCAGUCAGGUUCUGCCACUUCUCAUGCCUCAGGACAGCCGAGUUACGAUCAUAUCUGGAAGGAAGUCUAUGCCUUCACUGAGCAUCACCAGGAACUAAGUACUGAGGAUGAUCACACAACUGUGGCUCACGGUGAGGAGGAUGUAGAAAGCACCAGCUCCAGUAAGCCACCAGGAUCCUACAGAAAGAGGAGCGAAAGAGGGUAUAGUUAUAUGAGCACCUUGCAGCUGCUAGGAUUGGAAGAAGGAACAAUUGCUAACAAGGAGCAUGUGGUGACAAGAGGAACCUACCUGUCCUUUCUUCUCCUACGUCACCUGAGGCUCCGAGAGCUAAAGCGAGUAUGCCUGGGGAUCCUGAACUAUUUCAGGUCUGUGGAGAGAAGCCUGACCAUCAGUACCUCAGGCCUCUCAUUCAAGGCUGGUCAUCUAAUUCCCAGCGCAGAAGACACCUCCUGGGUCAAUGCUGCCAAAGGAGGCACUGGUGUUUCUGGUGGUCUGCGCUCUCAACCCUAUAUUCACUACACGCCAGCUGACUACAAGGUGCAUAGCACUCAGUUCAUGGAGUUUGCAGAGGUGGAAAACCAUGAUGACUUUCACACUCGUGAAGAUGGAUAUAUUCACACACAGGACCAGAGAGGGGCUUACAUCAUAUAUGACGUGGCUUUAGAGGACCUGAAGGAGCUUGAGAACCAGCUGCUGCUUGUGGCCAGUCAGUACAUUGAGAAAGAUAAAAGCAAUGUAACUUGUGGGAAGUAUGGUGGCAGCAAAAUCCUUGGCUGGGCACAUGCCUCUGUGGAUCGAUUCGCUGUGUUGCUUGACCUUUGGACCUGUGAAACUUCUCUCUUGGAAAAAAAAUGCCAGCUUUUAGAUGUUUACUUUGAAGCUUACCAACAUGCUUUGGACCCAGAGGAAAGAUUUGCUUUGGCCCAAGCAAUAAUUGACAUCAUGCAUAAACAUCCGCGGUUUGAUCUCAAGCUUGAAUAUUUUGUGAACACCUACAAAGAUGAAUGCAUCUGUUUACAAUUUCAUCACCAGCUGCUGAGGGACAUAGUAAACCAACAAAUAGAUGUUCAGAGGGACUAUGUCCACAAGAUUUGGCAGAAAGGUCAGAAAGGUGGCAUCAGUGAAUUUGGACUUCCUUAUAAUGUGAUUGCUAAGCAACUUAUCUCUCUUAACACUAGCCAUCCUACUUUGAAGAAUAUUUAUUUGCUGGAGUUUCACCCUUCUCUCGGUCUGGUGUCCUUGAUCCCCAAAGUUCUUGAGUAUAUCUACCAGGAAUUCUACAGCAUGUGUAGACCCAAAACAGCCAGUAAAGCGAUUAAUUUAGAAAAACAGCUACUUCAGCUAGUACUUGAUGAGUGGCAGACUAUGGAAAAACCACAAUCUUUCUACAGCUCUCAGAUUCAAGAAGAUUUGUUUGCAGAGGUGCUGAUAGAGGACCCCAUGCUGGUGCAAGAGAUAGCUUUAUCACUAUUAGAGAUGGGAGCAGACGAAGAAAGAAUGGAAGGCAGAGGAAGGCAGUUCUUGAUGCUGGAUUCCUUCUCCACGCUCCUGGAGCUUGUCACGCUCCGCCAUCGCUUGGUAGAGGUGGCAACAGAGAGUGCACAGUUAGCCAGGUUAUAUAAGGCUUUUGCAGUGGAAACAGGUUUUGGGGAGUUCCAUUUGUAUCUGAGGCCAGCGCACUUUGAAUCUGCAGUUCACAAGGAGAAAGCAGACCAUCUCCCGCCAAUAUUCAUUACCUCUCUCUUGGAAGAUGACAGCUGUGUUGACAGAUAUAUCCCAUCUAGCUUACCAUUAAGCAUUCAAGAAAUCGACAGUCAUAUUGGAAAGUUUAGUUUUCGUACAAGAGAUGCUGUUAUGCAGCUCUUGUGUCCAUCUGGAAUAAAGAACAUGCAACUUAUCCUUGCCUGCCAGGUCAUUCAGAAAAAUGCUCUUUUGGCAGCUGUUCAGCAAGCCUCAUUUUGUUACCUGGUCCAGCCUGCCCAUACCCUGGACAUAAAGAUUGAACUGAAACCUGUUAACAAGUCAGUCGUAGACAUGAGACUUGCAGAAGUUAGGGAGAGGAAGAGCACACGACAGACUAGGGGAUGA